GCUCAUUCCGAAUCCUACGUGACUACUACUCGGGUAAAAAGGCGAGGAUUAGCGUGGAAGGUGGCUUGUCCGAUGAGUUUGAUCUGGAAACAGGCCUUGUGCAAGGGUGCUGCGUUGCUCCACUGCUCUUCAACAUUUUCUUGGCUGCUGUUGUUGAGGCUUGGGUUGGGGAGUCUGGUGGAGGGGUACAUUGGCUCACACGAAUUGACGGGGCACUGUUACACAGGGAAGCGCAGGGCAAAUACUCGUCAUGGGAAGCGUUAGAUCUUCAUGAACUAGGUUAUGCUGAUGAUGCAGCACUUAUCGCCGAUACGCUUUCGCAAUUGCAUGGAGUGGCUAAAGGUUUCCAGCUUCACCUCCGAGAAUGGGGUCUUCAAUUGUCGGUCGAAAAGACUGAAGCCAUGUCGUCUGCUCCGGGCGUGCAUGCACCUAUUCCAGUUGAGGAGUUUGAAGGCAUCGACGGUGUUAAGUUCUCCGAGUACUUUGAGUAUCUUGGUGUUAUCAUGCAAAGAAACGGCUCGGGUGAUAUGGCUGUCAAGGAAAGGGUGGAGAAAGCUAAAAAGGCGUUUUGGUCGCUCAAUAGUUCUGUGUGGAACGUCCGGCAGUUGUUGGAACUGGCGUCUGGGGGUCGGGAAGCAUUGGCGCGAACGCUGAUGACCGAAGUUCGCGAAAGGGUACGUGCAAAUCCGGAGGUGGAUAUGGAGGAGUUGUGUUGCGAUUUGGUGGAAUGUAGUUUUCAGGACGCGGAAACGGAGGGUGAUCUUGCCAUGUUUUGGUUGUUGGUGUCCACUGUUCUACUCUCCCUACAAGCGAACUUGACGGAGUUCUCGCGCUCUCCUUAUACCGGUGUCACUCCGCGAAGAGUUUCUAGAAAGAUGUGUCCUCCGGCAUGGUACGUUAAAAAACAGGAUGAUGCCAAGGCUAUCUUGGACGGCGCUAGAGUGCGUACUAAGUAUUGGAAUCUCCGGAAUGUGCCUAAGACCACUGAUGUUUCUGAUGGUGACUACGCCUGUGAUUUUCCUGGAUGUGGGCGAAGGUACACAACUAAGGGCGGCCUUUCGCACCAUAAGUUGAUAACGCACAAGGUAGGUACUUUUCGGCAGGCAGGUUUCGAUUGUAAGCUCUGUCCGCGUUCUUUCGAGAGGGAAAUGUGGCUUACACGGCAUGUUAACUAUGAUCAUCCCUUUCAUGUGCCCGUUCUGUCUAGGUUAUUGGCCUGGUGCUCCUAG